GUGUGGUAAUAUCAGAGGGUGUCCUUGUGUUGAUUGUUCAUUGGCCUGUUUUUUUGGAAACAUUCACUGACUCAAGCAAGAGAUGGAAAGGGAAGAUCUGGGUCGUCUUUAAAUGGUUUUGUUGAGAUGACGAGAAAGCUGCAACAGGAAGUGCAACAACAAAGAGGAACUUGACAAGUUGUGUAGGAAACCAGAAAGAAGUGGCUUUAGGGGGAUUUAAAACAAGUUAAAGUAAAGCAAUAUUUUAUGUGUGAAGAUGAUUUUCCUUGUUCUGGUAUUUCUUUUGGGAGGUUUAUGGAAGACUGAAGCUGAGGCCGAAACAGGAGUGAUAGGGAAGGAGGUCACAAUAAGAUGCUCUCACUCGUGGGCAUCUACCAACGUCAAGUACUUCUGCAAGGGAGCGUGUCACAGUGAAGACGUCCUAAUCAGCAGCAGCAAAAAAAAGGCGCAUUCAAACGAGAAAUACAGUAUCAGGGAUGAAGGAAACACAUUCACUGUGACCAUCUCCAGUCUGACUCAGGACGACUCGGGAACCUACUGGUGUGGAAUAGAGCGAGCGGGUGUGGACACCUUCAGUCAAGUAGUCCUCUCAGUAAAAGCGGAUCCACAAUCAAAAUCCAAUGCUUCAUCCUUCAAUAAGCUGGUGUACAUCGGAGCAGGUCUCGGGGUUGUUCUGCUGGUUCUGUCGGUGCUGCUUUCAGUUUUCUUCAGAUAUCGAAACAGGGGCAUCCAUGCGUUUCCUGGAAUGAACCAUGAUGUGGUCCAUGGGAAACAGAACAAAGACGACCUCACUUCUUCCUCUCCAGCAGACGAUGAGGUCCAAGCGGCCGGCCUGCUCUACGCCACCGUUAGCUUCAGCAAACCCUCGGAGGACAGCAGGGACGCACGAGGCGCCGAGCAGCUCACGUACUCCUCCAUCAAACUAAGAGCCACUGAUGCAUCACAGUGCCUACACACCACGCCACAACCAGGAGAUCAGAUCCUCCAGCUGUGCACACAACACAACCCUUUAAAGGCCGUGACGUUUUCCAUCCAGCAACCACUGCGUCUCGUUGUUGCAGAUGUGACUGUCGUCGUGGUUGUGUGUCCGGCGCUGUUACUGAUAGUUGUGCUCCUAUUUAUUGUGUGCAAACACAGACCCACCAAAGGACGAGGUGGAUCAUCUGAGCAGAGGAGAGACGAUGCACAUGACACAGAGGACCAUCCCGGAGAUCCCCAGUACGAGGAGAUCCAGAUGCUGGACCAGCAGACGCGGUCUGUCUAUGCAACUGUCAACCACCCCUCAGACCAGCUCCACUACGCCAGUGUCACCAUCCUGCAGCACUCUGCCCUCGUCCCCACAGAGGAGGGGGGGGGGGACACCUCUUAACCCCGCAGCAGAGCAGACUGUGCGAUCAAAGGCCUGUUAAUGUCAACCUUGCAUUUGUGCUAUUUGGCCUAAUUACGCCCAGGAUGGAGAAGAGUAAUUCAACUUGAGAUGAGUGAAGAACCUGAUAAUGUGGAAUGAAUAAUGAGAUAACUAGUUUGAUCAUUAUAACUUAUGAUUAUGUCGCUAAUCUGACAAAUGCGUGUAAAUGUGGCCAGUACAUCUACUGUAGGAGAACACGUGUCGUCUUGUGUUGCUUAGCAGCACCCUCUUCUGGUUGAGCAGACUCUCCAAACUCAGCUUUCACAAAAACAUUUAACAGUCAAAAUAAUGA